GAGAAAACAGUGGUGCAAUAAUAAACUUCGCAGAGUAGUAAAGUGUACGUAAACCGGAGCUGCAAUUACGCGAGGUCUCACGAAAUUCGCGUUACAUCUCCCAGACAACAGACAUGUUCCGGCUAAUGAAAUUUAAGUUGCACGAAAGAUGCGUCGGUCGCUGCGUGAAAUCGGUGGCGACGAGAGCUCCGAAUUCAUCUUGCACCGUACAAUUGCCGAACGAAGCGGACGUCGUAGUAAUCGGCGGUGGCAGCGCUGGUUGCAACGCGUUGUAUCAUUUGGGAAAACACUGUAUCAACGCCGUACUCCUGGACAAAUCGAAAUUGACAUCCGGUACUACAUGGCACACCGCCGGACUAAUAUGGAGUAUACGUGGACCGAGCGACGUCGAGCUUCAACUGCUCAAAGUUACGAGACGCGUGCUCGAUUCGUUGGAGAAUGAAACCGGUAUAAAUCCAGGCUGGAUAAACAACGGCGGGCUUUACAUUGCCCGCACUAACGAGAGAUUAGCUGAAUAUAAAAGGUUCGUCAGCGGAUCGAAAGCUUUCGAUAUCGGUGCUCGUUUAAUCUCUCCAACGGAAGCGAAACGCUUGUUUCCUUUGCUCGACGAGAAUUCCUUUCGAGCAGCCAUCUACUCUUCGAAAGAUGGAGUCGUUGAUCCAACCAUGUUGAUAAAUGCUUUAGUGAAAUCGGCGAAGAGCAAUGGUUGCCAGGUGAUCGAAGAUUGCCCCGUCACGAACAUCCUAACGAAGGACAUUGCUCCGAACAAGAAGAAGGUUUGCGGUGUCGAGACACCGUUCGGAAUUAUAAAAACCGGCGUUGUCCUGAACGCUGCCGGAGCUUGGUCGAAAAAUCUUGCGAACACGUUGAACAUAGAUAUCCCUUUGGUACCGAUUAAACACGCUUACGUCGUGACCGAACCGAUGCCGGGAGUAGAGCAACACCUUCCGAAUAUAAGGGAUCCAGACCCCAGCCUGUACUUUAGAAUUCAGGGAAACUCCAUCGCGAUGGGUGUUUACGAACGAAACCCCAUCGUACUCGAAUCCGCGCCCGAGGAAUUCUCGUUCGGUCUGUACGAGUUGAAUUGGGAGAAUUUCAACGAACAUCUGGGUUCCAUGAUGCAACUCGUUCCGGGACUAUCCGCAACGGGAAUAAGGGCAACCGUGUGCGGCCCGGAAAGCUUUACGCCUGAUCAUAAACCGAUUAUGGGAGAGGAUCCUCGGUGUACCGGAUUAUUUUAUUCUUGCGCGUACAACAGCGCUGGCAUGAUGUUGGGCGGUGGAUGCGGAGAACAAAUUUCACAUUGGAUAAUUAAUGGUCGACCGGAUAGUUACAUGUUCAAUUACGACAUCAGACGAUUUAUUCCAGAGCAGAGAAAGAAUUUGGCUUGGAUGACCGAAAGAUCUCACGAGGCGUACGCGACAAACUAUAACAUUGUAUUUCCACACGAUGAACCUUUAAGCGGUAGAAACCUGAAAACAGACCCUUUCCACCAUCUACUGAUCGAGCAGGGUGCCUUCAUGGAGGAACGUCAAGGUUGGGAACGACCAGGAUGGUUCCGUUCGAGCAGGAAAAUUCAAACGAUGCCGUACGAUUACGGCGUGCCUCGAAACGAAAGGAACGAGUAUCGCGAGAUCUUAGAAAAGGAAUACAGUUUCGAGUUUUCGUCGUUCGACGUCGUUAUUCGAGAAGAAGCUCUUGCCUGUCGAAACGAUGCCGCUUUGUUCAACAUGUCCUAUCUUGGAAAAUUUUAUCUUUGCGGGCCGGAAGCGCGAGAAGCCGCCGAUUAUUUAUUUACGGCAAACACACGGCGCGUUCCAAACAAAACUGUUUACACUUGCAUGCUCAAUCGGGCUGGGGGUGUAGAAAUGGACUGCACCGUUACGAUCAUGGAACCCGGUUCAAGCGGAAUCGUAAAUCCGAUAUUUAAAGGCACCGCGUUCUACGUCGUCUCGAGCGGAGCGUCAGCGUAUCAUGCGUGGGCUCACAUGAACAAAGUCAUAGAGAAAAAAGGCUUCGAUGUGUCGUUACACGACGUUACCGAACAAAUUGGCAUUCUAUCCGUUCAAGGUCCCAACAGCCGAGAAAUAGUGGAAUCGUUGACAGAAGACCAAAUUUCGGACGAAUCCUUCGAAUUUUCGACCACCAAGCUAGUCAAGAUUAGAAAUCAACUGACACGUUUGAUUAGAAUCAGUUUUGUCGGCGAACUUGGCUUUGAGAUACAUAUACCGAAAUCUUCUUGCCAAACCGUUUAUACGGCUUUAAUGGAACGUGGAAAAGAAUAUAACAUGAAACUCGCUGGAUACAGAGCACUGUACAGUCUUAGUUGUGAAAAAGGUUAUCAUCUUUGGGGCUCGGACCUUCGAACGGACGAUAAUCCUAUUGAAGCUGGAUUAGAAUCAAUUUGUCGCAAUACCGGCCAUUACCAAGGAAAGUUUGCGCUAGAUCGAUUGCAACGGAAUGGACUCAAAAGAAGACUGAUACACGUACAUUUGGACAGUGCCAUUCCAUUGUGGGGUUUAGAACCUAUUUACAGAAACGAUGCCCUUGUUGGUUAUCUACGGAGAACAGAACGAGGAUACAGCUGUGGUAGAUCCAUCGGACGCGGAUAUAUUAAACAUCCGAACGGAGAAUGUGUAUCGGAUCAGUUUCUAAAAACUGGACAUUAUGAAAUCGAAGUAAUGGGAAAACGCCAUAAAGCUCAUGUUUAUAUAAAAAGUCCAUUCGAUCCUCUGAACAAAAGGUUAAAGGGAAUAUACGACGGUAAAGAAAGUCUGUAACUCUGAAACAUUUAAAUAAUCUUUGUUCGCAACUUAACAAUUAAUGUACAUCUAACCUGCCAAAGGAUUAGCGUGUAUAGUAAUAUUGUUUAUUCUGGUUUCCGUAAGGGGUUUGUAAUUUUUUGGGUUUACUGGUAAUUUUUCCAGUUGUUCUAAUGUUUCUAUCCCAUCUAUUACCCUGAAAAUAAAAAAUGAUUAUAACAUGUUAAGCAUUGUUAUCAUAAAUGUCGAUGCAAACAUUAAAAAAGAUAAUUACUUUCCGAAUAAAGAAUACUUCAAAUCUAAA